CCGUGUCAUCGCCGUGCCAAGAUCUCCAGUGGAACAACGGUUUUCUUGUCCCCCGAACCCCGGAGCGUCCCGAAACCGAGGUUCGCAGCAGUGCAUUGUGCAGCGUGAUCGUACGCGUGCGUGCGUGAGUGUGUGUGGUGCGUGUUAAGUGCGCCAAGUGCGUCAGAUCGUUUCUCCACGCCAAAGGCACUGUGCUUGUGUGUCCAAAGUGCCGUAGCAGCCGGUCGUUGUGUGCGCUCUCCGUCAGCAGUGUUAGAAUCGCACGGCUCGCCCCUAUUGGUUCUGUACGGCGGAAGCCCCCCCGGGAAGCUCGCAAGCCACGACGACAACAACGAUCCGAAGGGGUCUACUUCACAUCCACCUCGGAGAGCGGUUCUCAAUCACGGCUGCCCCUGCAAGUCAAGCUUGAAGUUCUUUUGCGUGCCACGAUCAUCUAGAACGCGCAGCGCUCAGAACCGUACAGUCGCGAGGAGACCGUGCCGCGGUCCGGUAACAGUAAUCAUGGCCUCGACGCUAAUGUUCUGGAACAAGCAGAACUCCAGCUCCGGCCAGAACGGGAGCAGCGAUGCCAAGAACACAAAGAACGGCCGCAACUGGCUGCACGCCCCGGAUGUGCUCGUUAACGGGCACGUCGCCUAUCUAGUCAAAUACCUCGGUAGCACACCCGUCGAGCAGCCGAAGGGCAUCGAAGUGGUGAAGGAAGCGAUCCGGAGGCUGCAAUUCACACAGCAGAUGAAGAAGGCCGAGGGCGGUGGCAACGUGAAGACGAAGAAGGUCGAAAUUACCGUCAGUGUCGAUGGUGUUGCAAUACAGGAACCACGAUCGCAAACGAUCAUGCACCAGUUUCCGCUGCACAAAAUCUCCUACUGCGCGGACGAGAAGGGCGUGAAGAAGUUCUUCAGCUUCAUCGCGAAAACGAGCUGCAACAGCAGCGCGCCGAGCACCGUCUCGUCGAUCAGCUCGGUCGGAGACGAUACGAUGAGCGGUUCCACCAACUCGAACGGCACCAGCAGCAACGGAAGCAGCGAGGAUCGGCACGAAUGUUUCGUGUUCAUCUCGAACAAGCUGGCCUCCGACAUUACGCUGACCAUCGGGCAGGCGUUCGACCUUGCGUACAGGCGUUACGUCAGUGAUAGUGGCAAGUCGCUCGAAGCAACCAAACUGCUCGCACAGAAGAAGCAACUCGAGCACACGAUCACCGCCUAUCGCCAGCGGUUGAAGGACCUCUCGGAGUUGGUCUUGAAGGCGGACCUCGAAAAGCUGCUACUGCGCCUGGGGGUGCGAGACAUCUGCGAGGUGCCGCCGGCCGAGAACGGUGUCGAUGGCCACACCACCCACAAUGGUAGCAAUAUGAACAACAACAACAACACCGUCAACGGAAGAAAAACGCCCGAUCUGGGUAUCGACGUUUCGUUACCGAACAAUGAUGACCAGCUGCUAAUCGAAACGUCACCGAAGCACUUUGCGCCGAUCGUGCCACCGAGAAACAUCCAGAACCAGAUCAACAGCACACUGGAAGCAUUCAAGCCGUCGGUCGGCACCAAGCUCGAGGGGCUGCUGCUGAACUCGGACUCGGACAGUGACUUUGAUCCGCGCGCUCCGGACAACGAUGAUGGCUCGAUGACGGCAUCGACGGCCGGGACGAUGGGUGGCGGCAACAAGAUUAGCAACGAUCUGUUCGGCUUCGAGCCGCCGAAACCGUCCAACGCCGCUACGCUCGGCCAGCAGCUGUUCGGUAGUAGCAAUGGCCACAGCGCCACCAAUGGGUUCACCAAUGGCACCAACGGGGCAUCCGUGACGAACGGCUUCGGUCAAGCCCCAACUAGCCCUCCUCCGAUACUGGCUCCUCCACCGGCAAAGUCUGCGCCGCGGCGAACGGCAGCUCCGCUGACGAACGGCAACGGGACGAGCGGUGCGUACCAGGAUCUGUUCGGAUCGGCACCCUUCAAUCCGCAAUCGAAUGACGAUUCGGCCUUCGUGGAGGACGCGUCGUUUAAUAGUGGCGCGUGCAUGGGUGAUUCAACGUACGCCAUCAACGCGAACGCCAGCGGGAGCUUCUCCGAUGAGGUUCGCGUGCUGGCAAACAAUUCCCACAAGCUGGACACAAUUCUUGCGCACGGUCCAGAAGAUCUCGGUGGAGUCGGUGCCGGGGUCGGCGCUGGGGCCACCACGCAUUUGACAUCAAAAUUGAAUCCCUUCGCCGCGGCCAUCGGCGGUGGAACGGCGAUUGGAGCGGUGCUGCGCGCGGGCAAUCCUUUGACCGCCGUCCAGCACCACCCGGUCACGGCGUACGAUGUGUUUAAGAACCCUAACGACCGGGAACGGUUAACGAACGGUACGGUACCACAGGUGGUCACUAGCGGCGGGUGCACUGGGGCCAUUAAUGAUCAUGCAAAUGGUACCACUAACACUCACGGCACGGGAAUCAUUCCAUCAUUGGCGGGAGCGGGAGUGUCUCAUGAUCCGCUGACCUCGGAGGCACGGUUCGAGGACUUUGCUCAGACGGCGUUCAAUGAGUUCAAACGGGAUCUGAGCGUUAACACGCGACCGGUGCCGAGGGGUCGAUCUUCGAUCGGCACGAUCAAGCCACCGUUAGUCACUGUCCCAUCCAUCACUAACACUGGCGGUGCUGUGGAGGGUGCUUAUCGCUUGGCCAGUGGGCCAAUGGUGCUCCAGCCGGACACGAAGACGAGCAAGAACGGUUUCUUUAGCUCCGACGACGUGCUCGAUACGUUCGAUCCGCUGAAGAAGUAAACCCGAUCGAUCGAACCCCUGGCUCCUGGCAGUCCCGUUCCGGUUCCAUUCUUCGCAGUCUUUCGCGCGCCAAUGCGGGCCAUUUUUAGGGGUCCCACCAUUUACAGCAGUAGAAUCCGGAGGUGCACACUGUGCGGACAAUUGGUUAGCAAAUAUGUGUUUAUUUUUGUUAGUUUUGUUUGGAUGAGGAAUGAACGUGUUGGACAUGAAGCGAGGAUAGCGUGAAAGAUCGAGGCAGCGAGAGAGAUGUAGAGAGAACAGAGAGAGAGAGAGAGAGAAAGGAAGAGAAAACAAACGUAGAACGUGUAGAUUGCGAGGUAAAAGAAUGUAAUUUGUUACUGUAAUUGUACGUCAUCUCUAGUGUUAGUAGCUCAACUGUGAGUUUCCAUAUUUUGCUUUUGCCUUUACUCGUCCGCUUUCCGCUUCCCGUAGCCAGCCCGGUGCCCUCCUCUGCAAGGUACUUCCGGCAGACAUAUUCAGCCUUUUCUAAACUGUUUCCCAAACCGUCGUAAGGAAGUAAUGUUAAGCGGUGCUAGCGAACUAGCGAAUGGCUGUUCGAGAGGUGGCGUGAAUAAUCUAUGUGAGGGCAGGGCCCCGCUGAAUCUAAUCUGACCGUUAGCAGUUCUCAGACCCGUUCGGCAGCGACAAUAAAAACAGCGGAAAGCAAGUAAAGUAAGUAUUACCACUGACAAAAUUUAAAUAACGACACCUCAGCCUCUCCUCAUCGCGCUCCGGCUUGAAUAACUUUCCAAAAUGGCAGCCUUAAAAGUGGACAAACAUGAAGAUGAUCCCUUAGAGAUCCGUCAGCAGUCGGUUUCUCUGUAAAGUCUGUGGUGAAAUUGUGUCGAACGUAAACAUUCCUUCCCGAUUUCUCGAUGAACCGAGCGCCAUGGGCCCUGAACUAUCAUUCCAUAUACCAUUUAAUAAGAAAUGUGUUUUUCGACUUUCCUUAGCUCGAUUGGGACAAGAAAGCUUCACGAGGGAGUUUUCGAACCAGGCAGGAGGCUGCCUGUCCCCAUUGCAGGUCACUCAUUCGAUUGAUUUUUCUUGGUACGUUUUUGUUUUGAGUGAAAAAAAUGAUCAUUUGGACGAUGCAAAAUAGAUCGGCUACCGAAUCUCGGUGGCGAUCAGACUCCGCAACGGGACCGCAAUUAUGUUGUUAUUGAAAAAUGUGAAGUGAAAGGAACUCACCUACCAAUAAACACGUAUGCAAUAAUGCUGUUAGUGUAAGUUUGUGAACAUGAUCUACGUUGUUAGCAAGAGGUGCAUAAAAGGUGGGAAAGUUUUUGCUAACUUGCGAAAGAACAUAUUGGAAUCGUACGAUCGUGUUUUUUUAUAAUAAGAUUCACAACCCGGUUCGCCUCGGUCGGCAUGUAAACAAGCAAUCAUAAAACAGAGAGAGGUUUAAGCAAGAAAUUUUAGGGCCAUUGUUAUCGUAUAUGAGUAAACAUAUCAACUAAAUAUAUAUAUAUAUGUAUACCUAAAAUUAUGCCAAUAGAAAGUGUAACAAAAUAAAGAAAAA